AUGGUACCUGAUAUCGCGAUCGUCGGCGGUGGCCCCUGCGGCCUUGUUCUUGCCGGCAUGCUCGAGCAGCAGGGAAUCGACUACGUGGUCUACGAGCGAUGCGCAGAGGACACUCCUCCACGAGGAGGAUGCUUGGAUAUCCACCGCAGCAGUGGGCAGAUCGCGCUCCAAGAGGCUGGUUGUUUCAAGGAGUUCAAGAAGUAUGCCCGAGGAGGGUAUGCCACAAUCCACUCUGUGUUGGAUCAUCACGGAAACAAGAUCGCCGAAUUUGGUGAAGGUCGCGAUUCGCCCGAGAUUGAUCGUACACAGCUGCGGAAGGUGAUGCUAUCGUCAGUCCCAAAGGAGAAAGUCCAUUGGUCGGCUUCUGUGAAGAGCUCCUUUAGCGCUCAGAAUGGAGAUAUUGUUUUGGAAUUUGAAGAUGGCACCACUGUCUCUGGGUUCAAGCUUGUCGUCGGGACUGACGGCGUACGCAGCAAGAUACGACACCUGGUCACAUCGGCAGAGCCGGAGUACUCUGGUAUCCUCUUCCUGACGUUGUCUGUCCUACCUUCCAAUCCUUACCACUCUACCCUCGAGCAGCUCGCGGGCCAGGGACCUCUCGCCAUAUGCGGUCGAAGCAAGUUGGUCUGGAUCCAACGACAAGGCGAUUCUCAUUAUCGACUAGAGUUCGGGUGGAGAGGACCUGUUGAUUUUGCAGAGACCGCCCAGCUGGACUUGACGGACGAGGACGCUGUGAGAAAAUUUCUCCUCCAGGAAGAAUACUUCGGCGGGCAUGCACCGUUCAUCCACGAAAUCAUUCAAAACUCCACUGGGCCCUUCCGAGUGUGGCCUUUGUAUUACCUCCCGGUCGAACAUCUGAACUGGCCGGCCUCGCCGGGUGUGACCUUGGUGGGCGAUGCGGCGCAUGUCACCACGCCAUUUGUCGGAGAUGGAGUUAACUGUGCCAUGCGUAACGCUCAAGUUCUCGCUCGGAAAAUCAAGGAGCUGGGUAUCACGCGAGAGGCGGUGACUGCCUACGAGCAGGAAAUGUUCCCCUAUGCUCGGGACGUGAUCAGUCGCAGUUUGAUUUCGGGGGACAUGUUCUUUGAAUGGGACAGUCCCCGUAGUCUGAUGGAGAACCUAGCAUCUUCCGAUCGAAUUAUUCAUGAUCAAGGAGAUUUUUGA